AUCUAGGAGAAUCUCCAAGUUAUGGACCAUCUUUUUUGGGGAAUGCUCCCUGAUUCAGAGACACCACUGAAUCAGCAACAAUGCCAUAAGGUUGCUGGACAAAGAGUAAACUUAAUCUUGUUUUUUACUAUUUUUCUCCAACUUCUUCCAGACAAAAGGGCACCACACCAUUGUUGCAGUUCUGGAUGGUGAUAUGUAUCACCUGCAUAUCCAUGACACCUCACUGCAAAUCAAAGGAUGACAUCACACAAUAGCCUCAUGUGCAUGGUAUACGGGGGAAAUAAAAAGAAAAAUGCUAUGGCAUCUACGUUGGAGAGGCCAACAGAUAAACCUUCCUUCCUCUCUCCUCACUUUGGAACCACCACUUACCACAAUAGCCUCUGAUUUCCAGCCCUCUGGCUGCCAACCCUUGUAGGUGUUGGGGAGUAUCAUCACAGAUAAGCAAGGACACAUCUCCCCUCCAAUACCAAUGUAAUGUAACCAAUGCCAUUUCAAUCCAAUAUAUAAGCAUAAAAUGUUCCCUCUACCCUAGCCUCUCCAUAAACUUCAUCUAAGAGAUUCCAACCUGGAUAAGAGUAACAGUAAUAUGGCCAGAUCCAGGUAACGUCUUUUCAGGAUAGAUAGAUACUACUAUCUUGUUCAAGGUAGGCUUUCACUCCCCUUUUAAUGAGGUACUGAUACACACACACACACCUCUCACAUCCAGUUGAUCACUCACCCAUUUAUUUCCUAAAGAGCCGGCGGACAGGCAUGACUCCAGUUUCCCAUGUAAUAGGACUCAUAUUUACAAGGAGCCUGUCCUCAAGAUUCAUGAGAUGGUAUCACUCAGGUUAUACUGCAAUACUCUAUCUAUGUUACCACUAUAAAUUUGACACAUUCAAAGUUAAGAUCUGAAUAAAUUUAACCGAUUUUACAAGCAAAAUGUUGUCUGAAAAUCUUGCAGAACCUUGUUUGCAGAUUUUGCUUUAGUGAGAUACUGACGUAAGAUCUAUCAUCCUAUGAUCCUGCUGGCUAGUGACGACAGAAAAAGAGGGAGGAAGGAAGGCCGGUACACUUCUUCACUGUAGGCAUAUUGUACAGGUACAAAAUCAGAAUAGGGUUUUAUUUAAAUUUCAUCCAUUAUAAUAAUACAUUUUUGUUCUUAGUGUGUUGACAAACAUUUCAAGAGUAGUUGUAAAUGUCUUUUCAAAGGAUAUUCAGAAAAGAUAAGGAAGAAAAUGUAUUUUUUAAUUUUGAUGUAUUUACUUACUUUAAUCAAUUUGUAUGGCUGCCCAUUUUAUAAUAGUGAUUCUGGGAGUUGGCAUAAUGUUAAGUGCACACACACACACACACAAAACAGUAAUAUGUAUACAGUAUAAUGGCAACCGAGGACAGCACAAAUCGUUAGCGGGUGACUCAUUAAUCUCACAGAGCCAAUUAAACUCCCAAUCCCCAUGCCCAGGAAAACAGCCAUGGUUUUUAAGCUUUCUGAAAUUCCAGCAGAGUUGGAACCGACUGAAUUUUGAGCAGGAUUGUGAUGUUCUUGAGGACAGGUGCUCUGACAGAAAAGGCCCACUCCCUAGGUCCUGCUAGAUGAAAUUUCUUGAUAGACAGGACCUGACACAUGCCUUCUGUCAGAUUUAAUGGGAUGGGUAGAAUCAAUUAGAGAGAAGUGGUCCCUCAAAUAACCUGGCCCCAUGCCACAUACAGCUUUAGAGAUGACAACCAGCAUUUUGAAUUGUUCUUGGAAGCAUACAGAGAAUCAGUGCAAUUUGCAGAGCAGAGAUAGGCACAGAGAUGAGCAUACAUUGCUGCAUUCUGGAUGGUCUAUGUAAAGCAUGCUGCAGAAAUCCACUUGAGAGCUGACCAAGUAUGAAUAAUUGUGAGCAGUGCCUUCUGAUCCAGAAAAGGACACAACUGGCACACCUGUUGUGUAAAAGCUCUUCAACUAGAAUGGCACUUGUUCCUCAAACAAGAGCUGAGAGUCAAGGAUAUCCUCCAACUGUUCAUUUUGUUUUAUUUAAACAAAUAUGUCCACCUGCCUCACACAAUGAUCUUAGGCAGCUCAUAGCAACCAAUAAAAACAGCAACAUGCUAUACUGUACUCUGGUUUCUCCUCAAAUCAUAUACAUCUUUUGCCUUAAAAACCAUCCAACCCUUCCCACCAAGUUGCCAGAACGACCCAUUUUGUUGACUCCCUAACUUUCCCAUGCUAGUUGAAUGCUUGGGGGAAGAGCCAGGUCUUCUUGGCUUUCUGGAAGACUAAAAGGGUAGAGGCCCUCUCAAUCUCAGGUUGGAGGCUAUUUCAAAAGCCCAUGAUGAUGAGAGAAUAUCUGUCUAAAGUUCCACUAGAUGACAAAAUUUUAGAGAAGGUGUGCGCAUCCUUUCUAACCUAGUGAGAUGAGCAGAUACCCCCAAAGAGAGGCAAUCCAGCAGAUAACUGGUCAUGUGCCAUGAAUGGCUUUAAAGGUGAUAAUCAAGACCUUGAAUUGGACUUGAAAAGCAAUUGGCAGCCAGUAUAGUUUGCACAGCAAUGAUGCAACAUAGGCAAAUUGCAGAGUGUCCAGAAUGUGCCACUACAUUCUAGAGAAGUUGAAGUUUCUAGAUAGUUGUAUUGUAAUCAUGCUUGCAGGAUUCUGUCACAAUAGCCUAUAAUCAAUAUAGUUUUACUAUGGAGUUUUCCUGUUUUCAAAGGUCUGACAUCAAUCUUGCAAGCUUAAAUGCAUUUUCCCUUACAUCCCAGAGAGUCAGAGAUGAAUCAAUCUGUGUCUUUUCCAAAUAUAUUCCGUUUCCUGGGCUCAAUUAAUAUUUUUGAACAUGUUGUAGCAGUCUCCAUGUGGUUUCUCCAAAGUCACCUCUCUAGCUGCAUAUAAUAUCUGAAUAGCACUAAUCUGAGAUUUUAUUUUGCUAACAUAACAGAAAGCCACAUCAUGUCAGGUAGUCAUACUUAGCCAGCUAUGGCUGCUAUCAGAAAACCGCAGGGCCAAACCUGUUCAUACUUGGAUAGGAGACUACUGAGAAAUCAUAGGCUAGAUGAGGAACUGGAAAACACCCCACAAAAAAGCAAUUCAAACCAUUUCCCUACUGUUACCAUGAAAAUAAUAUGGAAUUGACCAGAUGCCAAGCUCAACCUUAGGAAGACUUUAUCCUGAUAAAAGCCCCAGUUCUACCAAAAGGCUAACAUAAUUAAAGAAAUCUUAUACUUCUUGGUUUUAUUUCAUCCCAAUGUGUUGCAGUUGGUUGCAGUCUGGAGAUGCUGGAUGUGUGAAAGUGAUCCAUUAUUUGGGAAAUUAAGCAGACAGUAAUGGUUCCCUCUAAAAAGGUGCAGGGGUCCCUUGAAUGUGUUCUAAUACAAAUAUAUUUCUAAAUGAGUUGCUAUUUAUUUAUACAAGUUUAUUUAAUUAUUUGAUAUUUGUAUCCCGUCUUUAUUAUUUUAUAAGUAAUACAAGGCGACAAAUAUACAUAACACGGCUUCCUUUUCUUUUCCUCACAAACUGUGAGGUGGGUUGGGCUGAGAGAGAGCGCGCGACUGGCUCCAAAUCUCCCAGUCGGCUUUCAUGCUUAAGGUGGGACUAGAAAUCAAGCCUCCUGGUUUCUCAGCUCAACCACGCCAAACACAAAUAACGCCGCUUAUUUCAACGAUUUCGAAAAAGCUCGCCAUUCCUUGAGUCAUUGAUGUCACUGGGAUCUGACGUCACUGGCGUUUCCGUGGUAACGAACAAUGAAGUCACAGAAGGAUGGGCGGGGGAAGAGCGAGCUCGCGCGCUCGGAGGUGCCGAGACUUCGCAAGUUCUGGGUCGCAGUUUCUAUGGAAACCUACGCCUGUGCUAAAAAGGGACUAGCCGGCGGGAGGCCUUGCACUCUGUGAAUGGGGGGCGCGGGGGGGGAGAGCCCCGAGCGUUGGGGACUUGGAGGCUGCACUUGCUUCGCUGGCGAGCUCCUCAGCUGCCCGAUGCCGGCACAGCCGUCUUCCCUCUGAACUGCAGCCCUCUUAAGUUGCUCUGGCGCAGCGGCUCCGCUUUUCUUCCUCCGAUUCUCCGCUCUCUCAAGGGGGCGAAAACUGAAUGGGGACCCGACCGUUCGACCUCUAACGAUCGGGAGAGGGCCUCUCACUGAAUACCAGGAACCGGCCAUGUCAGUAUCCCGCAACCCCACGAGGUUCCCCCAGAGGACCUUCGGCCGGAGGUUUUGCCUGCCUUUCUCCCUCCGCUGCCCGUCUCUCCGCGCGUCAACUUCGACACUCCUUCACACAAGCAGCCCUGCCCGCUCCCCUCCCGCCACCUCCUCCUCCUCCUCCUCCUCCCCCCUUCCCCGCAAGGACUGCGGCUGAGCGCGCUUCUCCGCCGCGGUGACGCGAGAGGCAAAGGAUCGGUUCGGUCUGUCGAGCCAUCCCAGUCAGUCCGACCCCUUUCCCCGGCCGAGCCCGCCGCGCUGCUUCCCAGACCAUGCUCCUGCCAGCGCAGCAGCCGAGCCCUGCCAGCGGCCGGGCAGAGCCGGGCAGAGAAAGGGCGGGUUCGGGGAGGACUCAGUGAGGCCGGCGGUCUUUUUCCCUUCUCAACUCUCCCCCUCCCUCCCUCCCCGCCCCCCGACGUCUUCCCCCGACGUAGCAUACCGCUGCUUCCAUCGCCGGCAUCCCUACAUCGAGCUACAGGAUCUGACAGUCAAAAUGCUGAUCAAAGAAUACCAUAUACUGCUGCCCAUGAGCCUGACCGAAUACCAGGUGGCCCAACUUUACAUGAUCCAGAAGAAAAGCCGUGAGGAAUCCAGUGGUGAAGGCAGUGGGGUUGAAAUCCUGUCCAACCGACCGUAUGAUGAUGGUCCAGGAGGAAGUGGUCAAUAUACACAUAAGAUCUACCAUGUGGGCUCUCAUAUUCCUAGCUGGUUUCGUGCCCUCCUACCUAAGGCUGCUCUUCAGGUGGAGGAAGAAUCUUGGAAUGCCUACCCUUACACACGGACUAGAUACACAUGCCCCUUUGUGGAGAAAUUUUCAAUUGAGAUUGAGACUUACUACCGACCAGAUGCUGGAAAGCAAACCAAUAUCUUCAAUUUAAACGUUACAGAGCGCAGGCAAAGGAUUGUGGAUACUAUUGAUAUUGUACGGGAUCCCAUCUCACCCAGUGAGUACAAGAUAGAGGAAGAUCCACGACUGUACCAUUCGUUGAAAACGGGACGUGGACCUCUAGGAGAUAAUUGGCUGGAUAGUGGAAAUUCUGGGCCUUUUAUGUGUGCUUACAAGCUUUGUAAGGUGGAGUUUCGCUAUUGGGGCAUGCAGUCUAAGAUUGAACAAUUCAUCCAUGAUGUAGGUCUACGGAAAGUGAUGCUGCGAGCUCAUCGCCAGGCCUGGUGUUGGCAGGACGAAUGGAUAGACCUCACAAUGGAUGACAUUCGAAGGUUGGAGGAGGAAACAGCUCGUAUGCUGGCUCAGAAGAUGGCUACAUGCGUAGAACCUGAAUUAGGUCCUGAUGUGCCCAGCCCUGAAUGCCCAGCUGAGUUAAGUGGCCAUGAGACACAAGACAGAGUUGAUAGCCUGAGGGCUCCCGAUUCCUCUCCAGAUGAUCCAUUUGCAAAGCAAUGGUCAACUUCUUCUCGGUCCUCCUACUCUUCUCAACAUGCUGUUGCAGUGUCUCCCCACAGCUUAUCAGAAUGGCGGAUGCAAAAUAUUGCCCGGGACUCUGAGAACAGUUCUGAAGAGGAAUUCUUCGAUGCUCACGAGGAUUUGUCUGACAGUGACGAUGUGUUUGCAAAGGAAAUCACUAAGUGGAAUUCAAAUGAUUUCCUUGAUACUCUGGAGCGACCCAAUGAACGGGAUGAUGUUCUAGUUGAUGCGACUGGAGUAACCAAGUCAGAUAGUGACGGUGUCCCUGCGCCUGGCCCACCAGAGGUUGGCUUGGAAGGGCUCUCUGGGCCGUGCCGCAUUCACGCCCUUUUCCUGAUCCUCCACAGUGGCAACAUUCUAGACCAGGGUGUAGGAGAACCAGGCUCCAAACAGGCUGAUGUGCAUACGUUCACUGCUACCUUGGACUCCGUCACCCGACUGCACUUUCCUGAAGCCCUGGGGCACAUAGCGUUACGCCUAGUGCCCUGUCCACCAAUCUGCGCUGCUGCCUAUGCCCUGGUCUCCAAACUCAGUCCCUACAGCCACGAUGGCGACAGUCUGUCCAGUAGCCAAGAUCACAUCCCACUGGCCGCUUUGCCUCUGCUUGCAACCUCUUCGGGCAAUUAUCAGAGUGCCGUGGCAACCGUCAUUUCCCGCACCAACCAGGCCUAUGCCAAUUUCAUCCAUUCCCCUGACGGCACAGGCUUCUGUGGCCAGGUGCUGCUGAUUGGAGACUGUGUCGGGGGUAUCCUGGCCUUUGAUGCCCUUUGCCAUAGUCGUGCUGGUGGGUCAGGCAGUCACGGGAGCAGCCGUCGUGGCAGCAUGAAUGCUGAACUCCUGUCUCCAGAGACUUCGGUGGUGCGAGAUCCACUGCUCAAGAAGCCAGAAACAUUGGGAGGGAUUGGCCGUGCCAGUCCUGAGCCAGGAGUACUUCCUCCUACUCCGAAAUAUUGCGACAGUGUAGCUCCAGAGAGUGACACUUUACAACAGCAGCAUCAAAUCUUGUCCAGCCUGCAAUCUAGCCUGCCUGCCUCAGAAACAGAAGGAGACCCUCGACGUAGCAGUAACUCUUCAUCUUCGUUGGUGGAGACUUUUGAAAGCCCUAGCAUGGUUGGGAAGCUGGAGUUUAAAGUGUCUGGUUUUUUCUUAUUUGGCUCCCCUCUGGGAUUAGUACUUGCACUUCGUAAAACAGUAAUGCCCGCCUUGGAUGUGGCUCAAAUGCAGCCGUCCUGCGAACAGAUCUAUAACCUGUUUCAUGCUGCUGACCCCUGUGCUUCCCGCCUGGAACCUCUGCUAGCUCAACAGUUUCAUGCUGUGCCUCCUUUUGGGGUCCCCCGCUAUCAGAAAUACCCCCUGGGAGAUGGCUCCUCCACUUUAUUAGCCGAUGCCUUGCAGAGUCAUUCUUCCCUCUUUGUAAGUGAGCUGGACCUUGUGACUCCACCCACUCCAACAGGUGCAUUUGGAGGCUUCUGGAAAGGAAAUGAGGGAACGGCGAGUGACAGCACUGCAAGCAGCACCAAUGAAGUUGUCAAAAUUCUGGAUCGUUGGUGGGGCUCUAAACGCAUCGACUACUCUCUCUACUGCCCUGAGGCACUCACGGCCUUUCCCACCAUCACCCUGCCUCACCUUUUCCAUGCCAGCUAUUGGGAAAGUGCUGAUGUGGCUGCCUUCAUCUUACGCCAGGUGAUUGAGACAGAGCAGCACCAAGUGACUGAAAGCGAGGAGAGUUCGAUCUACAGUCCAGCAUUUCCCCGUGAAAAGUGGCAGCGCAAACGGACGCAAGUGAAGAUCCGGAAUGUUACAGCGAACCAUCGUGCCAGUGAUGUGGUUGUGUGUGAGGGACGACCCCAAGUCCUUAGCGGGCGCUUCAUGUACGGUCCACUUGAUGUGGUAACUCUCACUGGAGAGAAGGUGGACAUCUACAUAAUGCCACAGCCAUUGUCAGGGAAAUGGGUACAUUAUGGCACAGAAGUGACAAGUGGUAGCGGGAGGCUUUCUUACACCCUUCCUGAAGAGAAGAUGCUGGGCAUUGGCAUGUACCCUAUCCGUAUGGUGGUGAGAGGUGAUCACACCUAUGCUGAAUGCUUUCUGACAGUGGUAGCUAAGGGCACACCUUGUGUCGUCUUUAGUAUUGAUGGCUCCUUCACAGCUAGUGUCUCCAUUAUGGGCAGUGACCCCAAGGUGCGUGCAGGUGCUGUUGAUGUAGUAAGACAUUGGCAAGAUUCUGGUUUCAUGAUCAUCUACGUGACAGGGCGUCCAGACAUGCAGAAGCACAGAGUGGUGGCUUGGCUUACCCAGCAUAAUUUCCCACAUGGCAUUGUCUCUUUCUGUGAUGGCCUCACACAUGACCCUCUUCGCCAGAAAGCUGCCUUUCUACAGGGCCUUCAGCAAGAGGCAGAGGUUACUAUUGUAGCUGCCUAUGGUUCCACCAAGGACAUCUCAGUCUAUAGCUCUUUAGGGCUUCCUUCAUCCCAAAUUUACAUUGUGGGCCGGGCUGUGAAGAAAUUGCAAAGCCAGUGCCAGUUCCUUUCAGAUGGCUACGUUGCCCAUCUAGCCCAGCUGGAAGCAGCAUCCCUUGCCCACUCGCCGAAGGGAACAACAAGGCCCACUUUGGGCAAAGGCAGUUAUGGCUGCCCUGCUCCUGUUGACUUUCUGCGCAAGCAGAGCCAGCUGUUGCGUUCCCGGGGACAGAGCCAGGUGGAACGAGAGGGAACAGGAAGCACCCAGCCCCGAGCCAAAAUCCGGAGUAUCAGUCUGAAGCUGGAGAGUGAGGAGUAAACCCAAGAAAGAAAGUCUCUGCAUUUUCUUACUUGCAGCAGCUGAUGCUUGGAUUGGGCCUGUAGAGGCCACAGAUGGGAGAGAAAGAAGCUAAGAACAACAUGCAGAUAGAGAGAGAGAGAGAGGGAGGGAGGGAGAGAGAGAGAAAGAGAGAGAGAAAGGGCUCUGCCUUGCCGAGGCCAGAAGCUGGCAGACAGCGCUGCUAGGAUGAGGAAGAGAGAGCUUCUGUCCAAUCCCAGAGAGUGUUCUGUUCCCAUUGACCCAGUUCUUGGCUUCUGUUUGUGGUCCUCCUUGACCUACAGUGCAGCCAGUGUUCCUGAACUCAUGCCCCCCUAGGGAUGGGUGGAGGGGAAGGGCACAAUGGGAAUCCAUUCAUAUUCUCCCCUUAUUUAAACUGUGCCAUGUUGUUUGUGAAUUCCUUUUUCCAGAAUGUGAGGCCCGUUAAGAUUGGGUUAUAUCCCUUCUCCCAGCCUGUCCAUAGGUGAGGCAGUGGCCCUCAUGAUUUCUCAAGUCUUCCCACAAUCCUCUCCAGUUUAAGGUAGGCUGGAUGGUUCAG